AUGUUUGUGUUUUACCAGGUAACAGAUUGGUUGGCAUGUGCCUUUGAUGACUUCUUUGGAAACACAAAUAUUGCUUCGAGUGCCGUUGCUGUGAAGCCACUAGAAGGCAACUCUGGAAGAAAACAGCAGCAGCAGAAGAAGAAAGAUUUGUCUUCUGUGCCAGAAAGCAGCAAAACCAAAGCUCUGCCCAGAAAAAGAGCAAAGUCGUCUUCAGUAGAUCUGCCUGGUAACCAGACCAGGCAAAACUGGAGCCAGUCUGAAGAUGAGCCGUGGGUAGAUAGAUACAAACCCAGAACUCAGAAUGACCUUGCUGUGCAAAAGAAGAAAAUUGAAGAGGUUGAAACCUGGUUAAAAAAGCACAUAUUUCAGAGGCAGCCAAAGCAGGGGGGCUCUAUUUUACUGCUGACUGGUCCUCCUGGGUGUGGAAAGACUGCAACUAUAGAAAUAUUAGCAAAAGAUCUCGGUGUUGAGGUGCAAGAAUGGACCAAUCCAAUAUCGUUAGACUUUACAAAAGAAGACUUAAGAAAUAUGUUUGGCCAUGGCUCAGAUUUUCAUACAUUUCCGAGUCAGGCCCAAGCAACUCUCUUUCAAGAUUUUAUAUUAAGAGCAAAUAAGUAUAACAAACUUCAGAUGCUUGGGGAGUCCUCAGAAAAUGAUAAAAAGCUUAUUCUUAUUGAAGACAUACCAAACCAGUUCUAUCGAGACCCCAGCACUCUACAUGAAGUUCUCAGGAGAUUUGUUCGUACAAGUAGAUGUCCCCUUGUAUUUAUAAUCUCGGAUAACUUCAGUGGAGACAGCAACCGGAGGUUACUAUUCCCAACGGAAAUUCUAGAUGAGUUGUGUAUGUCCAAUAUUAGUUUCAAGCCUGUUGCACCAACAAAUAUGAUGAAAGUUCUUACUCGAAUAGCUGCAACAGAAGCUAGUAUGAACAGAGAGAGGAAUUAUGGUCUUGAUAGAACUUCUUUGGAGUUGCUUUGCAAAGGUUGUUCAGGUGAUAUAAGAAGUGCAAUAAACAGUCUUCAGUUUUCUUCUAUGAAAGAGUGCUCAUUGGAGAAGGAGUUUUGGUCAAGGAAGAAAAGGAGCUCCACACUAAAAUGUGAGGCAGCAGCAGUAUCUAAAGUAAGAAAGAAGAGUAGAUCUGAUACUUCAGAAGACCAGGAGAUACAAGCUAUUGGUGGCAAAGAUGCUUCCAUCUUUCUUUUCCACGCUCUGGGGAAAAUACUUUACUGCAAAAGACAACCAGUUUCAGAAUCUGAAUUUCCUCAGCUGCCUGCUCACUUAUCAGAAUACCAUCGAGACACCUUGCUUAUUCAGCCUGAGGAUAUUGUGGAAAAAUCGCAUAUGUCUGGAAGCAUGUUUAAUUUAUACCUUCACCAGAACUAUGUAGACUUUUUUUCUGAUAUAGAUGAUGUAGUAAGAGCCAGUGAAUAUUUGAGCGCUGCUGACGUCCUUUGUAGUAAUUGGAGUACACGGCUUGUGAUGGAAGAAUACAGCGCGUGUGUGGCUACCCGAGGGGUGAUACAUUCAAACACAUCCAGAGCCUUUGCCCACCACCAAGGAGGGAUGGGGUUCCGGCCUUUACAUAAACCCCAGUGGUUCUUUAUCCAUAAAAAGUAUCAAGAAAACUGCCUUGCUGCAAAAUCUCUCUUUUCAAGCUUUUGUUUGCCACCUGAGUGUCUUCAGACAGAGCUGUUGCCUUAUCUUGCUAUGUUAGCAAAUCCAAUGAGAAACCAAGCUCAGAUUGCUUUUAUCCAAGACAUUGGGAGGCUACCACUGCAAAGACAUUUUGGGAGGUUAAAGCUUGAAACACUGACUGACAAAGACCCUGGGAUACCAGAGCUGUUUGUUAGCUCUGAGGGGGACUGUGCUGACACAUGUGCUACAGAGACGGCUGCGCAGAUGGAGGAAAGCAGAAUGAAUGAGAACGAGUCAGAUGGAUUCCCUCUUUCUUCUAGCCAGUGCAGUGGAAGUGAACUACCUGGCAGUCAGCCUCAGCCUGUUGCAGCUCAAGCAAUCAUGGAGGAAGAGGAAUUAAACAUAGAGGAAUAUGAUAGUGACUGAGUACAACAAAAUAUCAGCCACUGACUUGCCUGAAUAGAUUAAUAUGCUAGAAAGGCCUUUGGUAAAGAGAGUAUGGUCUGCACAAAAGUAUGGCUCUAGCUACUUAGGCCAAGUCUAAACAUGCUGU